AUGGCUACCCUCUACGAUGAUAUGAGCGGCUCGCGCUACCUGUCGUCGUCCAUCUCGUCGCUCUCGGCGUCCCGGCAUCAGUCGUCCCAGAUCGCCAAAGCCUACCGCCAGGCCGCCCAGCUGUUUCUUACGCGACGACUCCCGGAGGCGCUCUCGACGAUUGAGCCUAUUAUUACUCCGGCGCCCCCGGACGACACCAAUGGCAAAUCACAUGACGGGGAGCUCGUCGGCUAUGCUCCCAUUGCUACCGCGUCACGGGGCACGCGGGUGAAGGUGUGGAGCUUCUACCUCACCUUCCUCAAUGCAGUGGUCGAGCUCGGCGCGGAAGAGGGCAAGCACGCGUUUGGCAGCACGAGGUGGAAGCAGUUGGUCAGCAAGUGCCGCGAUGGCAGUGUUUGGGAUGAGGUGGUUCGAGACGGCUACGCAGGGGUUGACGGAGAUGUCGAUGCAGAUGUCGUAGUCAAUCUAGCAACCCUCCUCCUCACCCACUGCCCGUCCCAGCGCCUGAACCAGCAGAAGCUCGAGACAUAUCUCUCCGCGACUGCCACCCCGACCUUCGACGUCGCCUCCCACAUGUCCUCGCCCUCGUACCAACGCCGCCAAUCCCAGCGCAGCGUCCAGAACGGCACCGACACCCCCCGCGACCUCAACACCCGCAUCAAGCUCCUCGAGCUCUACACCCUGCACAUCCUCCCGCGCAACGAAGAAUGGGACUACGCCCGCGAGUUCAUCACCAUGUCCGAGGUCCUCGACGACGAGCGCAAAGAAGCCUUCCUCCUCGCCCUGCACUCGCUCAAAGAGGAAAAAGAAGACGCCGAAGCCCGCGAAGAGAAGUUGCGCCAGCAACAACAAGAACAGAUGGAGGAGCGCCGCAAGGAGACGGAAGCUCGCCGCCUCGAACAGUCCCGCGCCGAAGAUGAGAGGCGCAAGCGCGAGGAGGAAAAUCGCAGACAGCCCAGAGGCAGCGAUGAGCGUAUACGUCCUCAGCACAACAUCAUCCCCACGCCCACCUCACGCACCUCCCGCCAACCAGCCAAGCGCCCCUCCACGCCGCCGCCCGGCUUCUACAACCGCGCAGCCACCAUGUUCGCAUCGCUGCAGACCAUCAUAGCAGACGCCGCCCACCAAAUGACGGCGAAUCCCAUGGCGUUGUUCCGCACGUUUUUGUUCUUGCUGGCUUUUACAUUGGCCGUGGGGCGGAGGGAUUUGCGCGAGAGGAUCAUGCGGAUUGUGAGGACGGCGUGGGAGAAGGUGCGCAGGACCGUGGGUAUGGGGGUUAAGGUCUCGUAUAUUUAAUGAUGUGGGGAGGGCUCUCGUAUGUUCAUGAACUGAAUUUGAAUGGGAUGAGAUGGGAUGGAAUGGGGGUUUUGGUUAGCCAGAGUCGAGCCACGCAUGUGCUGGGCGCCGAAACUUUGUCAUUUUCCAUAUAUGUCAUCUUCUCAGCUUCUGUCAAAUCGUUCAUGUAAUGGAACAUGGUUAGAGGCCACAGUGAUCCGCAUGGUCCGCUUUUGAUGCCUGUGCAUUCUUCCCAGGUUCUGUUUGAGAAAUGGGGAUAUAUACACCUCCUCUCUCUCUCGCCCUGAUGCGUCUCUCCUCAGCUCAUGACUUCUAAGGCAUAGCGAUAUAAAUGUAUCCUCUCUCCUCUUGUACAUUUCUUUCAUCACACACUCCCAUCUCCGGGUCCCAAAAAGCUCAAGAGAAAGCUCAUAUGGUCUGAGCACUAAAAAUAGAUUCUUCUGCUCUUCA